AUGAAUAACGCCGACUCGCUGGUCGACUGCUGCAAACAGUGGUCAAAGUAUCCCCGCAACUUGCUGCAGCCGUGCCACAGACAGAGUGUACUGAAUGAUUACCGGUCGCGCCUCGACAAACCAAAGACGAAGCUUUUUGAUGCCAAUCGAGAAAACAUACACUUCCUCGAGCCUAACGGAUUUUUUUCAGGGUACAAGGAAACGGCAAUCGCCGGUCCAGCCGAUCUCGAGAAGCAUCUUGGACCGAACGGCGAAGACCCCCAUUAUUGUAUGAUCUUUAUUGAAUCCAGAAAUUCGCGAUCGCCAUUAAACUGCUCCCACCAAAGCUUCUGCUACCUAUCGACAUUUUAUCAGAUUCCUGUCAGCUUCCUGGACUUUCUGUUUUCUUUCGGCCAAAGCACGGAACCCUUGGACUAUCAUAUGACUGGCUUUGAUGGGUCUGAUACCCUUGAUACCCCACAAAGCGAGAUUCUCCAAAUUCCCAAGCUUGGGCGUUCUGGUCGGGAGCACACCGUGCAGUACCUCCUGCGCUCCGUCGAGAAGUCUACAGAGAGAGGUCAGGUAGUCUGGCAUAUUCGUCAAUUGGCUGUUCAUCACAAAUUCGACUUCAUUACCGGGAAAUCAUUUUGGCUCAGCAUCAAAGCCAACUCUGUCGUACAAGAAAGGCUCAAGGAAGCGAUCGCGGACAACCCAAAGUUCAACCCAGAACCUACAAGUAGAAUGGCAUCAUCUUUCGCAGCAACAUUGAUGACCAUUCUCGUGUAUCUUGAGUGGUGUGAUGAGUCUUGGCGAGAAUGCGUCAAUGAUCUAGAGGGAAAUAUACGCGUUGUGCUGAAAAGUGCAGAGACAGCAUCAGUUAAUCACCAGCCUGGUUUGCGUGCAUCUGCCAUGAGAUUCUCGACUAUCGGGACUGCUACUGCAGCAUUUGGCGAACCGGAAAAGUAUAGCCCACCGAGCCUUCGGCUUUUCAACGCAGGCUACGGUAUGGAAAAACCACUGGCGAAGUAUCUCCCCUCCGCUCUUGGCAAAUCAUUGCAGCAAACGAACGCAACCCCAUUGCUUCCUCUGGGGCCGAAGACCGCAGCAGUCCCAGGGACAGGUACUAACGAUGGUUUUUCUGAGCACCCCAGGAAAGUUCUUGAGACGUUCUCGGUAGAAAACUUGCAACAUCUCCAUUAUAUCGGCGGACAACUCGAAAAGUUCCGCUUGGUGAUGCUGCUGAACCGCCAGACAUUACGAGAUAUCUCUGAACACUACCAGGAUUUGACAAUCCGAGAAUAUUUCCCCUCAGAACACCGAGAAGAAUGUGACCGAAGUCUGAAUUCAUUCGCCCGGCGAGUGGAGCGCAUAAGACGAAAUUUGGAAAUUCGGGUCACGCAGCUUGAAGCACUGCGCACCUGCCUACAGGAGGGAAAGACACUGGUUGGGGUAAUACUGCAACAUCGCACCAUGCAGGCUGGCCGCAUUUCCACCGAGAGCUCCCACAGCCAGUCAGACAAGAUAGAACAAAUGUCAUACAAGGCAAAACGAGAGAAAGUGCCUAUGCAUAUAGUGGCAAUUGUCGCCAUAUUAUUUCUGCCUGGCACAUUUGUAUCUGGUCGAUUGGCUGGACUGUUCGAGAUGGACUCGUAUCAGUUGUUGAAGCGCAGCUGUGAGCAGUGGUCUACGUACCCGACUUAUUUGUUGCGGCCUGACCAGCGGAGGAACGCCCUUGAAAGUUAUCGCCUCGCCCUGGACGUGUCUGAGCGACAGCUUUUCCAGGCCAGUACUGAAGAUGUUCAUAUUGUCGAGCCGAGCGAUUCUCCAGAUGGCUAUGCUGAGCAGACGAUCGCGAACCCCUUUGCUUUGCGAAAACAUCUGGAGCAGAACCGCAAAGACCCCCAAGCUUCACUCAUCCUAGCUCUUAUCUGUUCCCAUUACCAGAUCCCAGCCAGCUUUCUGGAUUUUGUAUCUUCGUUCGGAUAUACCAGCGAGCCACAAAAUUAUCACACGACUGGAUUUGACAGCUACGACACCAUCGAGAACCCCCGAUCAAAUCUCCUGGAGAUUCAGCAGCUUGGCCGUUCUGGCUUGGAGCAUGGCGUGCAGUAUAUGCUCCGAUCUGUUGAAAAGUCAACUGAGGAUACGGGAAACAGAAAGUGGGAGAUUCGUCAGAUGGCUAUUCACCACAGAUACGACUUCGGCCACGGAAAGGCAUUGUGGCUAAAUAUCAAGAACGAUAAUGCUAUGUCUGAGAGGAUGAAGGAAGCAAUUGCCGAAGAUCCAGCCCUCAAUUCCGCUUUGAGUAAGGAUAUACCCGGUUCCUUUGCUGCAUCACUGCGGACACAUCUUGUGCAUCUUGAAUGGUGUGACAAUUCCUGGAGAGAGUUCAUCUGUGACAAAGAGGGUGAGAUCCGGAGGACAUUGAAAGGACUCAAGGCAGCUCAAAGCGGCAACAAACAUGAUGUCCACUCUUCUUCUCCUACAGAGCACGCUGGUAGUGGGAUUCAGGCUGAGACUCGCGAAACUGCUGGUCUGCAGCGCUCGGUAUCCUGGCGACUGGCUGAGGAGAUCGAGGACCUCGAUAAAUUUCCGUUCAGGGAAGCUGAAAAGCUUGAUUCACUUUUCGAGCGACUGGAGCAAUCGCUACUGGUCAUACAGUUAAACAUACAAACCUUGCGCGAUAUCUCAGAUCAUUACGAAAACCUGGCAACGCGCGAUAAUCUGCCAAGCGAGAUGGUGACAAGGUCCUUCUUCAGCGACUUGGACUCAUUUUCCCACCGGAUAAGUCGCAUCCAAAAGAACCUGGAAAUCCCUGUAACUCAAGUCAAGUCCCUAAUGUCCUGGCUACGGAAGGAAAGGGAAUUGUUUGAAGAAAUCAUGCGUUAUCGCAGCGUUCAAGCUAGUUGCUUCUUUACUAAGACUUCACAUCUUCACCUCGACAGGAUGCAGCAAAUUGCUCACAAGACCCAAGAGGACACGAUGUCUAUGCAUGUCAUAACCCUCGUCACGUUGGCGUUCCUACCUCGAGCCUUCGUAGCUGUAGGUUUAUCCGUUCUAGUGUACUGGGAGAAGCACUAA